AUGAACAGAUACUCGUUCGCUCCGAGUGAGGCACACAGCACGCCAAAGUACAACGAGACUGUGCAAAGUCUCGCAUGCAUGCAACACGUCCAAGUAUCGGUCUACUCGCUCUUGGCUUUGACCUUCUUGGUCGCUACUGUGCCCUCUCUGAAGCCGUUCUUGAAGCGUCUCCCAACGUGCUGUGCGAGAUUUCUGACGAACCUUGAGGUAAGAGCAUCUACCUGUACCCGUCGUCUUUCUUCGCUUAGCCUUCUGGCCCCAUUCGUAGCUGCGAGUCUUGGCUGCCGGGUAGCCGCACGAGGCACAGGUGCUCUUUUGCUUAUGGAAGCAACGGCGACCGCAUCUUCGGCAGAGCGUGCUGACUCUUCGAGUGACGAAGACCAAAGGACGAAGUACCCUUCGUCAUCUUGUCGUACUUGCCUCACGCUCACAAUUCCUCCAGGCGAAGGCUUUAGAAAUCUCGGUGAAAAGCGUGAGAGAAAGCUGGAUCAAGUCACACUUGCUUCCUUAGACGAGAUGCAGAUCUUCGUCAAGACCCUCACGGGCAAGACGAUCACCCUCGAGGUCGAGUCGUCAGAUACCAUUGACAAUGUCAAGGCAAAGAUCCAGGACAAGGAGGGCAUCCCGCCUGACCAACAGCGCUUGAUCUUCGCCGGCAAGCAGCUCGAAGACGGCCGUACGCUGUCCGACUACAACAUCCAGAAAGAAUCGACGCUACAUCUCGUCUUGCGUCUACGUGGCGGUGCCAAGAAGCGCAAGAAGAAGCAGUACACGACCCCCAAGAAGAUCAAGCACAAGCACCGCAAGGUCAAGCUUGCCGUGCUCAAGUACUACAAGGUCGACAGCGAUGGCAAGAUCAAGCGUCUACGACGAGAAUGCCCAACGCCCGAAUGUGGCGCCGGCGUCUUCAUGGCUUGGCACCACAACCGUCAGUCUUGCGGUCGAUGUGGUCUGACUUACAUCACCGAUGCUACGCCCACCAAGGCAGCUGCAUAG